UUACCAAGGUGGUUUCCAAUGCAGCACCAACUCCGGAGGAUCCUAGAAUGAACAUGUAGAGAGGGGCACCUUUACAAGGCUGAGAGAAUGGCUCCAGCGAGCAGUCGGUCACAGAGACUGGUGACUAAACUGUACUCUUUAUACAUUGGGAAUAAAUCAACUUGAGUUAUAAAUUUUCGCUUGUGGUUGCUGUUGAAGUUCUUUUGAAACCAUGGAGAAGGACCAUCAUCAACCUGAUUCUAUCGCUACAGUUACUAUUAAACCGGAGUAUCCUCCUUCGGAGUAUGCUUCUUCAGAACCACCACCGGCAUACGUCAAACAUGUGUACGCCUCUGUUCAAGUGGCCAAAAUUAUUGCUGUCACCGUAGUCAUGUGCUCUGUCAUCCUUGGAUUCUUCCUGUUGGCUUCUGCAUACAUCACAGCCAGCGCUUCAUGCAAGCAAUUGGAGCAAGAAAUAGAACUCCUUGGAGAGGUAGCUGAUAGAUUCCAACCUCCAUUACAGCCAGAAGCUCUUGUACAGGAAGCUCCACAACAUAUGAAACCAAAGACUGAUGCAUUGAAAGCCGACGAAUCACAAAAUAGCCUGAAGUCGAUAGAAAACAACAGUAUUUCAGACGAUUCUAACGACAGCGAUGAUGAUGACAGUAACUCAGAAGAAGAAAACAACGAAAAGACUGUACACUUCAAACUUCCCCUUCAAUUGGACUUCGACGAUUUGGCUGGAGCUCUUAUUGAGAAAAACCAACGUUCUAAGAUGAACUGCAUCGUUGAGAAGAAGAGGGCAGAACAGUUGGUUGACCACCAGCCCAAGACCGUAGCUUUACCUUUCGGGCUAAAUUUGACGACCGACCCACGUUUUGAAAGGGUGACCGGAGAGAGAAUGGCUAUAUUCUGCGAAAGUGGAACUGCACAAAGAGCAACUCCAUCCAAGAAUCAUGAAGAAGAAAACAAUGAUGAUGAUGAUGAUCAAGACGAAGAAACUAUUAUGAUCCAACCAGUCAUGAUUCCUAUCCCUCAAAGCCAUUAUGCAUCCCAUAUGGCUCAACAAAUGGCUCCUCCACAAAUGAUUCAUCAACGCAUGGUUCCUCAACAAGUAAUUCCUCAACAAAUGAUUCCUCAGGAAAUGGUUCCUCCUCAUAUUAUGGGCCCAAGGAUUAUUCACCAGGAAAUGCCCCACUAUCAACAGCAACCACAGCAGAUUCAAGUUCAAGAACACAUUAUGGUACAACCUCAGCACCAUCCACAACAAUUUAGAUCAUUCCCUCCACCACCACCACCAAUGGAGACUAUGAGGCCCCCAAUGCCUCAACCUCAAAUGAUCCAAGAGCAGCAAUCCAUGAAUGACUUUCCCCCUAAUAAUGUCCUUCGUCACAUUGCCCAACAAAUCAUUGCUCAGAAGAUAAUGGAAGCUCAAAAAGAAAAGGAAGAACAACAAAACCAAGAAGCAAGACAACAACCUGAGCCUUCAUCUGAAGAAAGGAUCAUCAGAUUCCCAGGAGUUGAGAAUAGGAGGAAUCUUCCUGGAAUGACUAUUCCUCAAGCUGUCCUGAACGAGCUGAGCCGUCUCUCAUCUAACAGAGACGUCAUUGUUGCCGUUGCUGAACAACCUAACAAUGAAGAACAACAGCCCCAAGUAGGUCAAAUCGUUCAAGAACAGGGACCACAAGAAAUCAGAGUUAUCCAGGAACCUAGAACCAACCCCUCCCAAAUGAACGGGCGUCAAACUUAUGCCAGAACCAUGCCCAUCGACAUUCCAGAACCGAUGAUGAAACAGGAACAAGAACAGGAUCAUGAACCCGAAGCUCAAGCUACUGAAGAAAGACCUCACUUUGUAUACCCAAGAUCUGUACGUGCAAAACGUGCUGUAGAUACUCUACUAGAAAAGUCUUCCAAGAGGGUCAAACGCUGCUCGUGCGAUUGUUCAUGCUGAAAAUAUCAACCAGAAAGUUUGGAAGAAAUUGGUGGUUGAAAACUUAUUUUUAUACAUAACUUGGAAUAUAUUAUAUUUUGUAUUAUGUAAAUAUUUGUAGAGGUAAAAAAGUAUGAAACACAUAUUAUUCAGGUAGAAAUUACUCUUGUGCAUAUUACUUAAAAUACAUUUGUUAUUUUCGCCUUAAUUUUGCAUUUGAUGAUAUUUGUCGACCCCAAAGUAAUUGUGAUAGAUUUUGUAACAAAAUGGAAAUUUGGAAUAAACAAAAUUUUAACUCCAA